GUUAGUUUUUUGUUGUGACUUACUAAUUUCUGUGGAAACGAAGAGGAAACUUAAGCGGACCCAGUAAUCAAAAUGAGUUGUUUGAUUAUGUAGAACUUUCCUAAUGUAAAUUAGCCGAGUACAGGAGACAUCCAAGAAUGAGUAGGCCUAGACAAAUAACCUGGAAACCAAGUAUUGCUGCACCAGUUCUGAAGAAAAAUUCCUGCCUGUCGGAAGAUGCACAGCGUGUCCUUGGAGCAAUUCAAAGAGAGCAGAGCAAGGGUCCUUGUGAUCAGAGACUCAGGGAUGUAUCAAGUUAUUAUAGACAUAUUUAUGAAAAGAAAUUCAGCAUGGUUUCAUCAACAAAUCAUAACCCCUUUAAAAUUAAAAUGGAAAAUGAAUAUUCUCUGUGUGAAGGGCAGGAUUUCUAUGGUAGGAGUAGUGCAAAUAAGGUGGACAGAGGCCUUUUGAAUAAACAUGGAGAAAAUGAACAGAUUGAUUUUUCUGGUAUCAGUUUUGACUUUCGAUCUCGGUUCUUCCAAAAUGGAGGGAAUGGGAUAUCAAAAAGUCGAUAUCAGAUACCACUUCCUCGUGAGAUGAAUGAUUCCUCUGGUACAAGUCUGUACACAGAAUGCAGUUUUACACUACCUCUGGAUUAUCAAAAGCAAAGUUCUGUAAACCUACAAGGCAAACCACGGAAAGGUGAUCUGUACCAAAGUAAGAAAUAUUGUGAUUUUAUCUCUAAUAAAAAAAACCUGGCGAUAUUGGAAGCAGUGGACAUUAAUCACAUGGGUAACAUAGAUAGUAGUGGUGGACCUUAUAAAGAAACAAGAACAAAAGUCAGCAGUCUCCCUCCUACCAUACAGCAAUAUAAAUGUGAACAACCAAAGAAUAGCUCUAUUAAGAACAGCAAUGUUCUAAAUCAGCUGGCUAACAGUGUACCAAUAAUGGGAGAACCUGAACAACAUGUGCACUCACAGGUCCUCUUUUCUCAAGAUGAAAUUAUCAGUGACAUAGACUUGGAUUUUCCAAAAGUUUCAAAACCAGUAGAGGAUUUCAAAAACAAACACUCUAAAGAGAAUAUUCCAGCUGAGGUUGAAAGGACUCCUUGUGCUACAGUCUCAAGGAAAAACAGCACUAUCAGUUCAAAUAUUGCAAGGAGAUUAUAUGAGCAUAAGAGAAAGAGGCAAGAAAAUGGAGCACCUGGAACUGAAUGCAACGGGGAAGUAAAGCAGACAAAGAAAAUACUGACUCAUUACUCUGUGCCUUACAAAAGAAAGAAAGAUGAUGAACAAAGUGAUUGUGGAUCAAAAGCAAAAUCAGCUUCAAGCUAUCAUGAUAUAACAGAGAUGUCAGUGAUUGAAAGGAGACAGAUGCUGGAUAAGAUUCUACAAAGUAAAGAAAUAGCCAUUACUCUUCUUUACUCAGAUGGCUCCACACAGCUGAGGGAACAUACUGAUGAUAGCAGUUCUAAGAAGAAAAGCGGUACUCUAAAGAUGAAGCCCAUAUCUCAGGUUUCUGGAUUGUACAUGAAAAGUACAGGGGACCAGGAUCACAAUUUUCUGUACAUACCUCUACAAAUAAGUGAUACAGUAGUUCACAAGCAGAUCAAUGAUUUUUUAAAAGAAUUCCUCAACAGUAGAAGCAGACAAGUAUGCUAUUGUGCAAAAGACUUUCUCAUUGUUGUGUUGAAAUACCUGGAGAAAAUUGAGAAGUGUCCCAUGAAUGAUUUUCUGGCAUCAACGGUGUGGGAUCCGGUUGUUGCUGAGUGGUUAUCAAAUCCAGAUAAAGCAACCUCCAACUUCCAGCAAAUGCUCAUAGACAAUGGAAUACAACAGAAGAAACAGUCCAUUGAUCAUCUUGGAGACAACUCUUUAUCUGAAGAUUUGGACAUGCUGCUAGAACUGAUGCAAAAGCAAUUCCAAAACCUACGCUCCAAAAAUCUAGAACAGUUAUUUCUUGGUAUAGAGACUAAAUUGAUGCCCAUUUUAGCUGCCAUGGAUACAAGAAAAAUAAAAGUUCAUACAAAAACAAUGCUGAAGUUCUCAGAAAUUUUAAAGAUAAAGAUGAAUUCCUUAGAGCAGAAAGCACAUGACAUUGUGGGACACACCUUUGCCAUUUCCAGUCCAGCUCAGAUUCGACAGGUUCUUUUUGAAGAACUGAAGCUUCAUACAAAAUUACUGACAGACACAAAGCUUGCCAAAACAGCAGUAGGGCAUCAGUGGUCAACCUCAGAAUCCGUGCUGUCACAGUUAGCAGGUGUACAUCCCCUCCCAUCUGUCAUACUAGAGUACCGACAGGUGGGUGAAAAAGUCAUUCAGAAAUUGAAAUCCACGUACAUAGAUGGGAUGAUGAAUGCAGUGGUGGAUGGGUACCUGUCGUCACAUUGGGACCAGACCUCUGCUGCCACUGGUCGACUAUCCUCUCACACCCCCAAUAUUCAGGCUAUCCCGAAAUCCUCCAGUUUGAUCUCCAUCACUGAUACAGCCAAACAUUGCAUCAUUGGUAAGGAAACUGAAGAGAAGAAUGUGGAGAUAUUUGCCAGGGAUUCCUUUGUAAGCCAUGAUGGAUGGUCUUUUCUCUCUGCAGAUUUUCAGCAGAUAGAACUGAGACUACUAGCUCAUUUAUCAAAUGAUUCAACUCUAUUAAGACUGUUCAAAGAACAUAGUGACAAAGACAUAUUCAUAGAACUCACAGCUCAAUGGCUGAGGAAAUCAUCAGCUGAUGUCACCUCUGCAGAAAGAGAACAGACAAAGAGGAUAGUUUAUUCUGUCAUGUAUGGUGCAGGAAAAGAAAAAUUGGCAGAGUACUUGAAGAUCACUCCUAUGGAUGCUAAAAGUAUCAUAGAUAGCUUCUUGGUUUCUUUCCCUAUUGUAAAUCAUUUCUCCAGGAAAUGUAUAGAAUUUUGCAGACAAAAAGGUUACACAGAGUCUAUUUUCAAAAGGAGGAGAUUGAUCCCCAACAUAAAUCACCCCUAUGCUCCACUUCGAGCAAAAGCCGAGAGGAAAGCUGUUAAUUUCUGUGUUCAAGGGUCUGCUGCUGAUUUGUGCAAAGCUGCUAUGCUUCAAGUAGAACACACACUACUUCAACAUUCAGAUCUAAAAGUAAGACUUCUGGUUCAAAUCCAUGAUGAAUUGAUAUUUGAAGUACCAGAUGAGCAUAUCUCAAGUGCUGGGGCUUUGAUAAAGUCAGUGAUGGAGGACAGCGGGAAACUUUGUGGUCACUUUACACAGCUCAGAAUUCCAAUCAAAGUGUCACUGUGUGCUGGGAAAACCUGGGGUCAUAUGUCUCCUCUAUAAAGAUAGAAAGAAAACUCCCACUCGGAGUCCAAGUCACUCAAUGAGUGGAAUGAUACACACGCAUGUAUAGUGUGACAAAUUGUAUACAUAAAGAAACGAAAUUAUAUAUUUUUAAAGAUUUAUUUCAACACUUCACUAUAGGCAUAUCAAAGUUUACUUAACAAUAAUAAAUGUAUUGUACAGUUGUACACACAAAUGUAUAUACUAGUACAUAGUGUGUAAUGAUAGCUAAGCAACAAAACAUGUAUAUCAACAUAGAAUAUAUAUAACAUGUAACAAUGUUUAAAUAUACAUCUUACUAUAACAGGUGGAAAACUUGUACCAAUUUUAUCCUUUGUUUGCUGCAUAACAGCAGCUCACCGGUCUAUAAAAAAUUUGUGGUCAACUGCAGUCAUACAUCACAAAUUUUCUAUAGGAUAAUUCUUUGCCUGACAUUUGUUACUAGCAAUUGGCAUUAUUUAAUGACCCUUUAAAUUCUGAGGUAUUGAAAUGAAGUACAUUAUAUUUCACAUACACAUACAAACAAUAUAUAGAACAGUAAAACUUGCUUAUAUUGGAACUUCAUUAUGAAGAAAUUUUCAUUAUGUAGGGACUAAUUAGUAAAUUCACAACUGCAUUUCUCAGAUGUCUUUAAUAGUAAGAUAAAAUUGUUAUUAGGCAUUCAGUUAAUGGGAAUACUUGGUUUUAAGGAGGUGAUAUUCAUUCCCCAAUUGCAAUUUUACAAUUAUAAUUUCUCUGUUCUUAAGUUGAAUAUUAGCAUAAUUUCUUUUCUUUGUCUAAAAUGAAUUUACUUUAAAAAGGUAAAGUACAAUAAAUUCUUUUUCAAUUA